GACUUUCUAUUUUACUUCCUUAGCUGCACUGAAAACGUGGCAGUUGCAAAACAACAGUUAAAUUCACUUUAAAAAAAAUAUAUAUAAUUUCAGUAGAGUGAAGACCGAUUAGUCGCUUAGCAUAUGGCAAUAACGUAACGGUGUGUAUAAGCUAACAGCAUAAGCUAAUUAAUUAACUAUUCUCAGAAAUUACCCAAACUACAUUUACUUCUAGGAGGUCCCUGUGUCACCUAUCUGAGUCUCCCUGCAGAGCUGAUCAUGGAUGCCUUAGACGAACACUUGGACCCUCCUGUGGACCUGGGGGAUGAAAGCGACUCCUCAGACAACAGCUCUAGAAAAAGUUACAAAUCAAAGCUCCCACUUGCCAGACCUCUGUGUGUAGAGACAAAGACGGAAAGUGGCUUUCAAAAGACCUACCGAAUUUGUCUUGAGCUUAUCCGAGAAGCAAUGCUGCACCAUAGAUGGCAGGAGGCUGCACAGUACAUGGCCAGUUUCACUGAGAUAUUAGAGGACAGAAAUAAGGUCAGAGCACAGCCAAAUAAAGAGCUUGUUUGGAGAAUCAGCAUUGAGAUACUUCACCACCUUUCCAAAUCAACAGUAAAAGAUUACAACACCAUAUAUGAACGAAUGAAACACUCAGGAGUUAAACAUUAUCUGAUGAUUUGCCUGGAACAUUCUUUCCACCUGAUGCUUCAUGGUCAGAUCGAAUGUGCGAAGCAGCAGCUGUCCAUCGCUGAGAGCUGGCGACACGGGAAAGAGUCAGUUUCUCAACUUCAGCGCAUUAAACUGAUCCAGGCAUACAGGAGCUUGUUGGAUUACAUGAUCUGGUGUGACAAAAAGUCCAUGCUCUCCCAAAACAAUUCUGUUGAAUCUGACAUCCAAGGAAUGCAUACCUGCUUCAGACAUGCUUCUGUGAAUCUUCAAGAAAUUUUGAAAAACCCAGGGGUCUGGGAUCCCUUCAUUCUUAGUUAUGUUGAGAUGCUGGAGUUUUAUGAGGAUUACGAGGAGGCUCUUAAAGUCCUGAAUGACUACGUGUACGACAGCAACUUUCCUCCAAAUCCCAACGCAAACGUCUAUAUGUAUCAGUUCUUAAAGCGACACAGUGCUCCUGAGAAGAAACUGAUGAAAGUGUUGAGGAACCUCCAUGUAUUAGUGCCAAGCCAUGAGCUGAUGUUGGAGUACAGCUUCCUCCUGCUUCAGUCUGAGAAAACAAGUGAUACUCAGAAAGCUCUAGGAGUCCUGCUUGAGAUGCUUGACUUCGCCUGCUGGAGGAGCAACAUGGGCGUGUGGACGUGUUUACACACCGCCGUUCACCGACUGCUUUUACAGGAGGAAGGGGAGGUGAUUGUCCAUAAGCAGAUGGCCUUAAGGAAAGACUGGUGGCCCGCUCUGCAUUUCACAAGCUUCCAUGCAAAGAAAGACUUGGAGGAGAACGCCAAACUUCUGGAGGUGAAGGCGUCAUUGGAAAAAAUCCUUUGUCCAGGUCGACCUCUGAGGUACACCGCUGAACGGAUGCCUACCUGAGUGAGACCCGUUAUAGGAUUCUGUAUGGCAGUAAUUAAAAACCCCAGGUUGUAAUUUCUUUAGAUUUUUUGUUUUGUAUUUUUUAGUGUAAGACCUCUCACUUAUCACUCACAUUAAUAACAUAUUUAAAGGUCAAAAUUAAGAAACCUCAAGUUUAACCUAAAGUAUAAAAUCCUAAACAUUUCUCUUUCGUUUUGGGCAAAUUGUGCCCUGAACUUUUUAUCUUGCAGUAAAUAGGAAUAUCCACUAUGUGGAGCUGUUGUCCCGUUUUUCUUUGGAAGGAUUUUAAAAUCAUAUUUUGACAUAGUGGAGUUCUAAAAGUGAGUGUUUAUAUUAUCUUAUUGUGAUUUACAGAGAUUCUUUAAUGUCAGUAUUAAAUCCACACAUGACGCAGAAACAGCAGUUUCCACCCUUUCAUAUUUAUUUUUUAGCAACAUGUUUCGCACACAGUUGUGACAGUUGGUUAAAGGCUUCGAAAUAAAAUUAUUGUCUUAAAAGACUGUCAACAUGUUACUUAAAAAGAUCUCUAACAGCACUUCCUGUGCUGCUCUAGGGAAGAGAAUACUUUUUUAUUUCAUGCAUUUGUUGUCUGAAAGAAUUAUUACUUUUUGCUUUGACAUGAGUUCAUUUUUCUGUUCUUCACAUACAACCAUGCAAUAAAGUGUUUUGUUCAGCA